AUGGGGAUUCGGUUGCCUGAGAUGAUGCUUCAUGCAAAGCAUAUUAUCCGACAACGGUCACAUUCUAAGCGCCAAUGCUCUUACCAAACAUCGAGUGCAGUGAAUGUCCCGAAAGGCCAUUUCGCUGUUUAUGUUGGAGAUGAAGAAAAGAACAAGCGAUUUGUGGUUCCAAUAUCCUACUUGAAGCAUCCUUUGUUCCAAGCCCUGUUGAGUCAGGCUGAAGAAGAGUUUGGUUUUGAUUGUCCGAUGGGUGGUCUCAUGGUUCCUUGCGCUGAAGAUGAAUUCAUCAAUCUGACUUCUCGAAUAAAUCAAUAUGCCUAA